AUGUUUCAAGAUGUUCCUACUUUAAGUAAAAUCCUAGAAGGCUUUCACAAACUUACACCUUCAGGGUUCAGGCCACUCACUCCGGAAAUGCAAGCAACUCUUGAUGAUGCUGAUAAACCGAAGAAAGGAGGUACAGGGUCAAAGAAAGGAGUAAAAAAGGUUACUGCUAUGAAAGGUCCAUAUGAUGCUACAAAACCUUCACCUAAAAAGAGAAAGGCACCCACAACAUCUUCUACUGUUGUUCUAAAAAGAAGAAAACAACCGGCUCGCAAACGCAAAACUCCUACACCAUCAGCAAGCGAAGAGUCAGAUUCUGAGAUUGAGUUAGAUGAAGAGAUUGUAAACCCAAAGAUUCCAGUUCACAAUGAAGAGGAUACUACGAAUCAGGAAAUAAACCAAUCUAUUCAUGACUCAGUUCCUUCUCCUCCUCCUUCACCAAAAACAACCUCAAUCCCCAUCAUUAUUGAUCCCUGUUCUCCUCUUAUUACCUUAUCUCAACCAACAACAGUUCCCAUCUCCAUAACAAUCUUAACUAAUUCCACUACCAAACCCAUCACUUCAAUGAUUCUUGAAGUUACACUCAGUGUAUCUGAUACGGGGGCUAAAACUUUUGUUUUCACUACCCCUAUUUCUUCAUCCAUCUCUCCCAUUUGUAAUGAUGAUCCCGAUAUGAUAUUUGGAGAUGAUGGUGAUGAUGAUGAUCUUGGGGUAUUGACAUAUAGUCCAUUUCAAAUCAGGACUGAAAGAGAAGAUGAAGCCCAGUUUCGAAAGGUCGGCUUAAAGGUAUUCAUGAGAAACUCGAUCAACAGUUUCUAG